AUGUCUCGUUCGAAGGUUCUCAGGCGACCUCUUACGGGCCCCCCCAAAGGCAGUCGGCGGUGCACACGGCAAUAUACCGAGGAGACCAUGCGCGAAGCCAUCCAGCGGUAUGAAGAUGGGCGGAACCAUGGUGAGACCUACACAUCUGUUGCAGCAGCCAUGGGGGUCCCAGAGGCCACCCUCCGAAUGCGACACCAAGGUCUCCACAUGUCCCGGCGUACUAGUCAUGCUCGGUUCCAGCGUCUUUCGCCUGAAGAGGAAGACGCGCUCUGCGAUUGGGUCGAGCAUCUCUGCUACAUGGGGUUCCCGGUCGACAAGCGCACCCUCAUCGACAUAGCAGCUCAGAUCUCUGGGGACCCCAUUGGUGUGUACAACAGGAAAUGGGUAUACCGUUUCCUUCAAAGACAUCCAGGGCUCAAGCUGGGGCGACCCUCUGGCUUGGACCCGAAGCGUGCACAAGCCUUCAACCGGCCGGUUGUCGAGGACCAUUUCAAGCAACUCGAGAAACUCAUCAAGUCCUUCAACAUCCCUUGGAGUCAUGUCUACAACAUGGACGAGAAGGGGAUCCAGAGGGGUGGUGGGCGUCGUUUGCAGAACAUUAAGUACUUUGUACCACGCGGCCGUCGUACGAGCUAUAAGCUGCGCAGUGCAAGCCUUGAGCUAGUCACAAUUAUCGAGUGUGUCUGUGCGGAUGGCAGCAACAUCAUGCCCGGGUUCAUUUUCUCAGGCAAGGAGUUCAUGCGGGACUGGUUCCAGAAUGUUGAUCGUAAUGUCACGAUUGCUCAUUCGCCAAAUGGCUGGACAGACGACUUUCUUUGCCUUGAGUGGUUUCGGAAGUGCUUCAUUCCGCAAGCAACUGCUCGCCGCGAAACCGAUGCGCCCAUCCUCCUCAUUCUCGAUGGUCAUGGAUCACACAUCACCUCUGAGAUGCGUCAUCUCGCUAUGGACCAUAACAUCCACUUAUUCUGCCUCCCACCUCACACAACCCAUCGCCUCCAACCUCUCGACGUUGGUGUCUUUGGCCCGCUUCAACAAGCGUGGACAAAACGUUGCAACGAGUACUACGUCACCUCACGUGGUCGAGAAAUGGACCGUGGCGAGCUCAUCCGCGAGUAUCUCACCGUCCGGGAGAAGGUCUUCACCCAAGAUCUCAUCCGCAAAGCUUGGUACCGAUCGGGCAUCACAUCCGAGACAUGGAGCGCUGAUAUCUUCAGUGAUGAGGACUUUGCACCGAGCUACGGAACAUCUACUAUUGCCCACGUACCCCCCUCCUACCCCACCUCUGGUGACCCUACCCUCAUCGUGGAGGGGCUUCCCAUAUCCCCUCCUUCCUCGGAUGUCGAAGACGAUGAUGCCGACACCGGCUCAGAGCGCAGCCACUUCGAGACCAAGUUGAAAGACCCCGGGCUCUCAGAGUUGUCCAUCGAAGGGAGUGCGACAACGUCUGAGGCAGAGACAGAGCCUGUUAGCGAUGGAUACAGCAGCGAUGAUGACGAUGCCUCUCAAUUAACGCCUCCCGGCCAACAACGCUCAACGUCUACAGCGCGCGGCAGCACAAGCCAUCACAAUCAGGAGCUUGAACAGCUGCGUAGCGAGGUUGCUCGUCUUCAGCGUGAAAACAGCAUCCUCCAGUCGCAAAGCAGGCAUGCGAAUGCACACGCCGCAGUGGCCCACUGGCAUAUCAACGGCCUGAUGGCACAAAUCAAUCACAAGAAGUCUACAACCCGAAACGGAAAGAAGCGCACCAUACGGACGACAGCCCGGUGUCUGACAGUGGGCGAGGGAGCUCAGCAAUGCGAGGAGGAGGAGGCGGAGGAAGCUGCUGAGGCUGCACGUAAGGAGGAAGAGCGGAUACAGAAGGAACGAGAAGAAGCUCACCGCCAAAUCGAACGCGAGCUCGCUGCGAACGACGAUGCACACAUCUUCUCCGGUGUCCUAGCUCGGAAGAAGAAGGAAGACCUAAAGAAAAUCGCAUACGCCCUCAAGCUUCCACUGAGCGGUACAAAUGCUCACCUAUCUACAGCAAUCACCGAGCAUCUGAAGGCGCAUUCGGCUCGCUAUGUGACAGACCCCAAAUUUGCCGGUCUGUUCAUUGCUGCAAAUGGUCUCUCCCAUGCUCAGAAGCGCGCCCUUCCCCCUGAAUUCAAUGACGAGAACAUACCUCCGCCAUCCCAGCGCCCAAGGGGGAUGUCGCCCCCCUCCACUCCCACUCCCCAGUCUGUGUCAUCCCGUGCAUGGACUCCGUCAUAUAACCCCUGGCAGCCAUUUCACACCACCACAAUCGACAACCCAUACAAUACGAUACCUUCAUUUGAAUUCCACCAUGUACAGCCUCUUCCCACCCCUUAUCCGCCAUACCAUAGCCCUCUCGAUUCCCAAUGA